AUGUGCGGCUUCUUCUCGCCUCCUCCGCCUCCUCCGCCGGCGGCGGCCGCGCUGCUGACGCAGGUCAUCGAGGCAGCGCCGCCUCUCUUCAGCUUCCAGUUUGGCAUGGCGAUGCUCGUGCUGGCGCUUUCGCUUACGCUGAUGCCGCUCAUCCGGGAGCGGCUGCGGGGCGGCGGAGACGCCGCCGCCACGGCGCGGCCGGCGGCCGAAGGCGACGAGGGCGAGGGCGACAGCGACGGCGAGGGCGACGACGAGGGUGACGACGAGCACCUCGGGUGGGUGCUGGCGGAGAGGCUGCGGAACGCGCGCUUCGACCCUCGCGAGAUGGUGGCGUCGGUCAUCUCUCAGCUCGGCGAGUCCGCCUUCCUCGUCGUCUCCUCCUUCCUCGCCGUCGCCGCAGUCGGCCUUCAGACAGCCUCGCGGUGGGGCAGGCAGACGAUGACUGGCAGGUCCGUGGCGUGGAGCGCAAACGAGAAGGUCAAGGCGACGGGGAGGUGGGCCGGCUCGGGCCACCUCGGAGAGGAGGAGUUCGUGUUGUUCGUCUCGGUCCUCUUUGAGAACGUCGCCGCCCGCGUCGCCGCGCAGGCCCCCGCAGGACGGGGGAGGGGCGUGGCGGCGCCAUACUUAAGCCGAGCCGUGGUCGAGACGGCGACCACCGCCGCGCUGGUCGCGAUCCUUGUCCCCUUCACGCUCGGGAUCGUCGACGAGGUCUUUGACCGCCGCGCCGCCGCCAAGAUUGGGCGCGAGCUGCGGCGCAAGAGGCGCAAGGAGGAGGCAGCCGCCGCGAAGGCGCGUGGCGAGGCGGCGCCGUCCGCCCCGCCGCCCGCCGCGUGGCCGUGGGAGCUGUGGGGCGGCGGCGGGUGGGGCAGCGGCGGGUGGAGUCUGCGGCUGCCGUGGUGCAUCGGCGAGCGGAGGUCCUCCUCGCCCAGCAGCCCAACAACCUCGCCACUCGCGCCGGCGGCACAGGGCAGCCUCCCGGCGCUGAAGCAGUAGCGCCUGUGCGAGCUGCAUCCUGGCUCGCUGCGCCCCGGGCCCAGGGAGACCGUCAGCGUCACAUAGCAGUCGUCAGCGGGGGCGGAUACCGGAUUCCGCGCUCCUCCCCGUCCUCGCGGUCGCGCGGCGC